AUGGAAAUUUUUGGAGCUUUUCUUGAUCAAGAAUGGGAAUCGCUGAGCAGCAUGUUCUCCACUGGGGAGAACCCUGAUUUCUUGCUGCAUUGCAACAGCAGCAGUAGCCUGUUUCCUAGUAACGGUGAAUUCCCAUCGGCCGCUGCUGAGAAUGUGGCAGCUGGAGCUGAUGAGACUCCGUUUUUCCCCGUUGAUCAUAUGCUUGGCACUAACUUUUACUGCAUUUCUCAAGAAAGCAGCAUUAGCAGCAAUGAAAAUAAGCAGCUGCCUAAUGUAAUGGUGCCGGUGUUUCCUGACGAUGUGAUGGAAGAGAUUCUCCAUUUGAAAGCAGAACCGGAGCAGCCCACAGAAACUGCUGAUUCUUGCAAGGAAGUGCAGCUCAAGAGGAAGUAUGAAGCAUCAGGGAUUCAGAUCAAGGAUAAAUCAAUGUCGGAGGAUUAUUCAUCCAAGAAAAAACCUCGAGUUUCCAAAGUUGAGCAGAAAAAUAAGUCGAAAAAGAACAAGAAAGGGAUCUUGCAGGAUAGGGUUGAUGAAGCAGAAGAGGUGAAUGGUGGAGGAAACAGACAGAGCUCAAGCAGCUGCAGCUCUGAGGAUGAUUCCAAUGCUUCUCAAGAACUGAAUGGAGGGUCGCCUUCCGAAUCCAAAGUCUCGGCCUCUCUGAACUCCAAUGGGAAAGCAAGAGCCACCAGGGGUUCGGCAACUGAUCCUCAAAGCCUUUACGCAAGAAGAAGAAGGGAAAGAAUUAAUGAGAGAUUGAAGAUCUUGCAGAAUCUUGUUCCCAAUGGAACAAAGGUUGACAUUAGCACAAUGCUGGAAGAAGCCGUCCACUAUGUGAAGUUUCUGCAGCUUCAAAUCAAGUUGCUAAGCUCUGAUGAUCUGUGGAUGUAUGCUCCUCUUGCAUACAAUGGAAUGGACAUUGGCAUUUAUCAGAAGAUUUCUCCAAAUCUGUGGCCUUAAAAUUAAGCUGCUGAUUUUGAGUUCUAGAGAAAGACGAUUGAGUUUGCUGA